GAUAAACAAGGAGACGGGUUAAUGGGAAAAGAGAGAAAACUGGUAUUCCUGCACCUGUAUCUAAACCUAAACAGUUACAUAGUGAUGUUACAAAGUGUACAGUGAAUGGUACGCGUUUCCGUAGACGAAAUAUGACCGAUUCCGUAACGCUUGCUGCCCGGCCGUGCCCGUCGAUCACAACGUUCAUCCGCAGUAUUUCAAGUGCGUUCUAAUCGGUCAUUCUUUCGUCGGCCGGAUUCAUCGAUUCGUUUCAUCCGAUCCGUACCGUGGUAGUUCAAUUUGUUUCACGCAUUCCGCGGCACCGUGGCCACGUUACCACGUCUUCCCCUGUUUCUUGCAGCUACCGUGCAACUGCCCGACGCCCUACGCAUAAAAUAGCCAAGAUCCGUGUCCUGGCAUUCUCAAGAAUAAAGUGUUUACGUGGUGCUUCAUGGUGCCUCCAAGUUACCGACCGAGUGUUAACUUCAGCUAUUUUCUUGUGCUACAUCGCUGUGCCUGGCUACAUAUCUAUUUAGAUUCUGUGUGCCGUGUACCUUAGGCAGCCCGAUUUUAAAGGUGUCGUCUCGAAGGGACUCGUGGUUUUCGUGUGAUAUCAAUCGUGAUUGUGUGUGCUCUCCGCCGUGCGUGCCGGCUGGCAAUGGUUUUUCCCGUUCGUGUACGCGAGAAUCGCAGUUUUCUAAUGGUGUCCGGAGCAAUGUGAGAGCGUGCUGGAGAGUAUUCAAGAAUCCUGAAAUAGCGAAUCUAAUAAUAGGCGAUAUCUUAUUCUGACCACUUUUCGUGUGAACUUGAAGAGAUAACAACGCAGCAUGUGAUUAAUUAACGAACAAAAUCGAACACUGCCGUGCUGUUAGUGCUGCUGCUACCGUUAGCACCGUAACCGAGGGAACGAGGACGAAGUGUCCAGUGAAAUAAUUACGGAGUACAUGCAACUUGCGUGACAGUUCGAAAGUCGCGGUCGCGGUGCAUUAACCGAAGAGAGGAAACGUGGCAACCGAUUCCUCGCCGACCUGAGGAUUUUCACCGGAAGUCGGAUGGAAACGAAACUCAGUAUACAAACGAGAUUGAAGAAUCAGAAGAAAAAGAAGAGUAGCAGCGGAAGUGGCAGCGGUGAAAGAAGCGAUCGAAUGGCGUAAACGUUGAGAAAGAAAAGAACGUCGUUCGGCCGUCGAUCCGAUUAUCUUUCACGCGAUCGGUCGUGCGUCAAACCCCCUUCAGGAAUGUGCAUGUGAUCAUCGUGCCUCGCGAACUCGUCCCUCGAGCUGUGACUUGUCUCUUGCAUAUGUGUGCGUUCUCCAUUCUGCCAUCUUGAAAGACGUCCAAUUUCUUUUGGUCGGCGGGUACCAGCUCACGUGCACGAGAAGCGUGCACAGUGCGUGUGGACGCACUGUGCCCGGCGACGACGGCUACACCUCGGCUCGGGUGGAACAUCGCGGGAUAACGGUCGAUCGAGUGCGCGCAAUAAGACUGCGCGGUGAAAGCGAGUCUGCCGAUAACUUUGCAUCAUCGCGAGAGUGAUAACAGGUACCGUGGCAACGUCGGUAACAGUGAUAAUAAUAACAGUAACAACGGUAACGAAGCGAGGAUUGACAAUGGUUUCGGCGACGAGCGGCGUUCGCGUGUGGAAUAUUGUGCGCGUUUCGAGUGCGAACAGCAGCAGCCACGUGGCACUGACGAGAUUGCCGAGCGAUCGCGUUUCCACGAGAUGUGAUCACGGGUGCUAGUAAAGGAAGAGAAAGCCGAACACGAAAAGAGAGGACUCUCGCGGAGUGCGGGGCAGUAAAAGAUAUGUGGACCUUUGCGCGAACAGCUGAACCGGAAGUUGUGAGAACAACUGGAGUGCAACGUGCUCCGCCUAAUCGGUGAUAGGGUCAGUCGGUUAAAAAAGAAAGAAGAUUAGCGACGCGACGGCAAUCGCGAUAUCUUUUUUCUCCUCUUCCCCCUCCCCUUUCCCGUUUAUUUUAGUUUCACCUCAUCCCCUGUCUCUUUUAUCUGUUUCCCUCGAUACACUUUUCGUCGUUUACUUUCUUUCACACGACGAAAGGUCCUUCCUUAAUUUCACUUGAGACGUUCAUUAAACACGCGAUUAAAACGUUAACAGGAGGAUAAUGCGAACGAGAAUUGGUCGUGUCGAAGCCGCGUCGCGUUACCCUACGAUUAUCAAGAAAUCGUCCCUGGCGCCAGACCGCAGGAAAGAAAUUCGAAAAGAUCGGUUUUAAGUCGUGUUGCGAGUGUACCGAGAUAAUACCGAUUCGUGUGGAACGCAUGUUAGUGUACGUUGGUUACAAGGAAGAGGAAAUAAAGUGUAGAAAAGUAAGGUAACGUGAAGACGAACGGAAAACGCCCGACAAGGAAGAUAUGAAGAGAAGACAGUGAGUAGUGGGUGACGAGCAAGAGAGAAAUGAUAAAAAAAAAGAAAGAGGUUCGCGAAAAAGGAUAUAGCCUGUGAAAAAGAGAGAAGACGAGGGAGAGAGAAAAGCUCGCGCAACGUACAAUAUAACAUGUGGAGUACCGUGUAUUCGUAAAAGUUUUUUUUUUACAAAAAAGAUCGAUAUAGAAUUUAUAAAUAGAUCGGGUGUUAUACUCACAUAUGUGCACGCGUACGCAUGUGUGCGUGACCGCGCGCGCACAUGUACGUGAUUUUCACUCGAGACUGAAGCGGUGAAUUAUUCGCGCAUCGGAUCGACUACUUGUGGAGGAAAUUCGAGACCCGGCUUACCUUCCACAGCUGACGUCAUUACCGUACACAAUGCGCUAGGGGUGAUGGAGACAGUGGGCAAGCAAGUCCAGAUAGUGAGCGGGCUGGGGGUGGGGGGUCCGGUGGGCCCUGUGGGUCCAGUGGGGGGAGAUUUGCAUCACCAUCAUCAUCCUCACUCCCUCUCCCAUCCUCCGCUCCCACACGCCCACCCCCAUGGUCAUCCUCUUACGUCCCAUGGUCACUCGUUGGUCGGCGUAACGUCGACCCCUGGCAGGGGUCAGAACCAACCACCGGUCUCGCAUAACCAGCAUUUACCCGCGAGAUCAACUCCAGUACAGCUGCACAGGUCGGCGCAAAAUUACGUGAACAUCAAAAGCAGCAGCCCCGUGUCACCGAGGACGAUAGGGGCAGGGGUGACUUACGUGCAGGGUGGCGCGGCUGCAUCCUCGGCGUCGGCGGCGGGAACAACAGGAAGUGGAAGCAGCAGCGGCGGUGGAAGCGGAGGCGGUGGUGGUGUUAACAACGUGAACAGCGGGGCUGGAUCUGGUUCCGGUGUCGUAUCAUCGGCCGGAAGCGGGAACACCACCGGUACCGGUAACAGUGCCGGUACUGGAAGCAACAGUGGCGGGAACACCGGCACGGUGGGUAGUGCACCAGGAGGUUACGUUACCGUGCCGAUGGCUGCCAGCCUGCGGUACAUACACCCGUACCCGUCGACGCCGACAUCGGCGUCGGUGCCGGCAGUAGCGACGAUGGUAACCUCGGCUUCAUCGGCACCGACCCCUGUCCCGGUACCUGCACCCGCAGCUGCACCUGCCAACCCGCCUACAGUCAGUCAAACGCCGCCACCAUCGCUCCCGGGGACUUACGUCGCAAGGGACGCUUACCGCAUCGCCACCACGAAUGUGAACGAGAGGAUCGCCAUCAGCGUGAGCAGCAGUCCUCUGUCGCAGAUCGGCGUCGGUGUCGGAGUGGUUACAGCCGAAUACGCGGCGAACAGCGGGUUAGGCGGUGGCAGGGGGGACAGACCGAGGAUAUCGCUUCUGCCACCUGCCUCGGUUACCCCGACACCUUCUCCGACGGCGCCAGAUUAUCAGCAUGUGUCCAGCGCGAGGAAUUCACGAAUAGGCAUGAUGCCCGUCCAGCCGGAUCAGUAUUGCAGCCGUACGGCUAUCGAGUUGGGCAAGCUCCAGGAGGCGCCGCCCUUCAAGAAAAUACGUCUCAGUCAACCGACCCAGGUUCAGUUGCAAUCGCAGUCACAAUCUCGCUGUCAGAGUUUGUCGCCUGCCGAUGCCUGCCUCAAGCAGCAGCAGGAACACGUUGUUCAGUUGGUACAAACGCUUAGGAUAGACACUAGGCCUUCGACGGGAGCGUACACGCCGCAGACUGAAGCUAUUUCGCCCACGCUUCCGGAGCCGACUACGCAAGAAGAUGCACAAUUCAGGAGCACCAAGGACGAUCUCUUGCAACAAAUCGCGAAGGUCGAUAGGGAAAUUGCGAAAAGGGAAACAAACAUAAACAAGCUUCGGAAAAAAGAGGUAGAAUUAGAAGAGACAGCGAAUAAACCUCUGGAAGCCCCUGGUCUUAAACGGCAGGUUGAGGAACAAUCUCAGCAACCAAAGCAUCGAUCCCUGGCACAACAAAUUUAUGCUGACAACAGGAGAAAGGCAGAAGAAGCACACCGACUGCUAGAAAGGUUGGGUCCAAAAGUGGAACUACCUUUGUACAAUCAGCCGUCAGAUACAAGUGUGUACCAAGAAAAUCGUACGAAACACCAAACGUACAUGAGGGCGAGGCUUAUAGCGAGGCUUCGACGAGAACACGCUGAACGCGCGUCCCUUCACCGGCAACAGUCACAAACGUACGCUGUUUUGGUACAGGAGUGGCACCGUAAAGUAGAGCGAUUGGAGGCGACGCAGAAAAGAAAAUCGAAAGAAGCGAAGAAUCGUGAAUUUUUCGAAAAAGUCUUUCCCGAAUUACGGAAACAAAGGGAAGAUAAGGAACGCUUCAACAGAGUCGGUGCUCGCAUCAAGAGUGAAGCCGAUUUAGAGGAAAUUAUGGACGGCCUUCAAGAGCAAGAGAUGGAAGAUAAGAAGAUGCGCUCAUACGCAGUAAUACCGCCUUUAUUAUUGGAUAUGAAGCAGAGGCGAAUCGCGUUUCAAAAUCGGAACGGUCUUCUUCAACCUGAAGAAUUAGAGGCUCUUCAUAGCGAACGAAAAUUAAUCAACGUGUGGAGUUCCAUGGAGCAUGAAUUGUUUAAGGAGAAAUAUUUACAACAUCCGAAGAAUUUUGGAACAAUAGCUCAAUCUUUAGAACAUAAGUCCGUUCCAGAUUGUGUGCAUCAUUACUACCUCACUAAAAAAGCAGAAAAUUAUAAGCAGCUCUUGCGAAAGUCCCGGCAACGAACACGUAGCUCUCGGAACAACCCUAAUAAUAAAGUAAAUAAUACCAGUUCGAGUAUUGGGACAUUAGACAUUUUGACUACGGGUGUUACGACAAGGUUGCAACGCGAGCAACAGCAAAAGACUCAGGAGAAUCCUCAGAAUAGUUCGUCGUCAACAUCAACGAUCACGACAACGACGACAACGACGACGACGACGACAACGACAAGUACGAGUACGACUACGUCGAACGCAUCGGCGACGGUCGUUGCGGCAACAAACGUGACGACUUCGACGACCACUUCGAGUUCAUCAACGUCGGGUAUAUGUUUAACGACGGACUCCGUGAUAGCAUCGACGACAGCCACAACGACAUCUGCAUCGAGCUCUACAACGUCGUCGUCCGCGACACCGUUAACGACUACGACUGCGAAGGAUAGCAGGGAUUCCAGUAAAGAGAACAAAGAGAGCAAAGUUGAGUCAAAGGAACCGCACCUUAUCAAAAUCGAAGUAAAAGAAGAGCCGCAGUUGAACUCCGAAGCGGUGCCGGGAAAAGAUGUCAAAGUAAUGGAGGCGGCAAACAGUGGUGGUGGCGGUGGCAGCGUGGCGGCAACGAGCAGGAUAAAAGAAAAGAAAAAAGAUAACCACGCAACCCCGAUGGAAACCAGCGACGAGGAAGCCCAAUCAAUGGACACCGUUGAAGGCGGCAGGCAGAUCGGUCCUCACGCCUGUACAGUUUGCCAGAACAUCGUUGAGGGAAACACGCAAAGCAGAGCGCUACCGCGAAGUCAAGCGUCCCAGUAUGGUCUGAAGGAGGAUCAGGUUGGACCUGGUGCACGCGUGUGCAAUACCUGCAGAUGCAAGGCUGUAAGGGGACGGUACACUGCGUGUCCCCUUCCCGGUUGCCCGAACUUGAACAAUACCAGUUCUAAGACAAGAGUGAAGAGGUUGCGAGCCUUGCCCGCUAAAUGGUUGGAUCUGCCAUCUGAAAUUCGCGAUCCGAUUAUCCAGGAGUUUCAAAUACCAAGUAAUGCGACUAAAUGCUGUUCGGCUUGCUUCAAUCGAAUAUCACGUCGUUUGGCACCACACUUGACUGGUGGUACCGAGGUGUCCGAGGACUCGGCCGAAUCCCUUGCUCGACAAUGGACGGACGAGGAACUUGAACAACUGAAGAGAGCUCUUCGAGAACACGGUACUAACUGGGUGAAAGUCGCCGAGCAGAUACCAGGAAAGACGAAUCAUCAGUGUAAAAACUAUUACUUCGCUUACCGGAAAAAAUUGAGCCUGGAUCAGGUGGUAGCAGAAUAUUAUCAGUCGUUGGGCGAAGAAAGGAGACCAUGUUUAACGGAUGAAGAAGAGAGUGGCAGCAGUACGAGUAGCUGUGACGAAUUGGCAGUUCAUGAUUCGAGCGAUACAGCCAGCGCAGGUAGUCCAGCGAACAACUUGUCCGGUGGAACACCAGGAACGCCGGGUGCCUCGGCGUCCUCAAAUCUGCCAAUCUCGUUCUCGCGAACGACGGAGCAGAAACUCGCCGAUAAACUGGCGGAGAUCUCCGUGGUAUCUUUGGUACCGCCGGUUAGCAUAAGCGCAUCGCAACAGUCUUCCACCAGCGGAAGUAGCAACGCUGCUUCGGCUGGCACCAGAGAAGAUUACGACAGUUCCGCCACGGAGACAGCGGACGAAGGUCAGGGUGGUACCGAUUUGGAGAACAACAGCGUGGUCGUCACGUUGACAACUGCCAAUAAUUCCACGCCGCUUCAACAGCAGCAUCAGCAGCAGCAAGCGCACCAGCAGGUCCCACCGCUCACCCAUUCGCCGCCAUCCACCACCAAUAAUUCGAAUCCAUUAACCGUCAAGGAUCUUAUGCUUGGCGUAAUCGAGAUGCAGCUGAAACGGAAUCCCAACAGCCCGGCCGGUACCACUAAUCCCUCGGUACCCGUCAACACUGGAACACCGACGAUAUCGAGUAUACUGAAGACGGAUCAUAGAAAUGAUAUCACCUUUGUCAGAGAAUAUAAACCAUCGUCUACCAUGGCGAACACUAGCAUGCCGCCUAGAGAUACGAAUUUAGCCACCUUGUCGGUGGUGUCUGGACCUCAUCACGGACACCGUUCUGCUCCCAGCCCUCAACAAAUUGGUCAAAUGCAAGCAACGAUUACCCCUUGUCCACCAGCGCCGUCAAGCAGUCAGUCAUCGACGCCGGAUAUACUCCCGAAGGAGGGGUUAGUCGUGAUGCAGGUGCAACAAGCAUUACGAGAAAGCACCGAGGGCACGCUCGACCUGAGCAUCAAGAAACCAAGGCAGCAGCAAGAAUAUAAUCAUUCCCUGCAGACGAUUCACAAGCCACCGACGGUUACCCUGUAUCGGCCAGAACCUCCCCCGGGUGCUUACUACCAUCCUCACGCCCACCCGGAUCAAGGACGCGGCGCGAAGAGUCCCUUGGUGUACGCGUCCUCACCGCGACCUCAGGCACCUCUUACCCCCAAGAUGAAUAAAGUCUCCGUGCCGCCACCGCACCCAAAAUUGUCGCCCAAGUUAAGCACAAUCGGAACCACAAGUCAUAAAGGCGGUUCCAUCACGCACGGCACUCCCGUUUCCAGCGCGCGUUACGAAGGUCUCCUCAGGCAAAUGACGCCGCCCGGAAACCCGGGUAAUACCGGCGGAACACAGAACCAACCGGUGAUCAGCGUUGCGAGUGCUGUGAACGCGUCCAACAAUCAAGGGCCCAAAGAGACGGGUUCCAUUACCCAGGGCACUCCCGUUCAUCCCUUCGCCGUAGACAAGCGCGCACCGAUGUAUGACUACCACAGAUCUAUCAGGCACUCGCCGGUGACGACGAUUCCUGGCCAAGUUCAGAGUCAACCGGGAACAGUGGUCGUGACCCACAGCAGCCAGUACAACUCGUACUCUGGGCGGCCGCCUCCUAGUUACACCAUGGAGCAGCAGCUAUCGUCGAGGCAGAUCAUUAUGAACGAUUACAUCACCAGCCAGCAAAUGCACGCCCGUAGUCGGAAUAGCGGAACCUCCGACGGUGGCGGUAAGAAUGAGCCGCCGUCGACGUUGUAUUAUACCGGUACGCCACCGCCGCCGACUCAUACGCAGCCUCGGCAGGGUGUCAUACAGAGGCACAAUCCACAGAAACAAGUCCAUUACCCGCCACCGCCGCCGGGACUAGAGGCGUUUUCCAACCUGGUGGACAUUGCCGUGCAACAACCGAGUCUUCCUGUUCCUCAUCCGCAUGGACAUCCAGCCUCCGGAAGUAGCGGCCACGAGGGCCUUGGUAAAACCAUGGCGGACAGACUGUUGGCUGAUCGUUAUGGGGACAAGCAUCGUUUGGCCAUGCACCAGGAUCAUAGAAUGGCUGUGGUUCAUCAUCAUCAACGCGACAGGGAAAGAGAGCGAGACCUGGCUCAUAUGCGUGAGAAGGAGGAGUACAGAUUGCAGAGGGAAAAAGAGAUUCAACAACAGGAACAUCGGAUGGCCCAGCAAAGAGAGAAGGAAAUUCAGCAGCAGGAGCAUAGACUGGCUCAGCAGCAGAGGGAGAAGGAUAUGCAACACACUGAUCAUCGUCUUACCGUCCAUCAGCAAAGAGAGAAGGAGAUUCAUCAUCAAACUGCUAUGACUGCAUACACUGCUGCUCAACGUGAAAAGGAGCAUCAAGAGCAUCGUUUGGCCGUUCAGCAAAGAGAACGAGAUCUGGCCCACUUGCAACAACAACAGCAACAACAGCAGCUACAGCAGCACAUUCAACAGCAACAGAGAAUGGAGGCCGAGAGAAGACACAUGGCUCAAAUGUAUAGAGAUCAGCAGCAGCAGCAAAUGGAUAGAGACAGUAGAUUGAUAAGCAGCGGGUUCAGUCAGUCAUCGAGACAUCAACAACCGCAACAAUCCCAGCAACAGCAACAAUCUUCUAGACAGAGCCAGCCCUCUGGUCAACAGCAAAACGAAUCGGGAUCUACGUUAACUGCUGCCAGCCUGAUCGAUGCUAUUAUAACGCAUCAAAUUAAUCAGAGCGUUGAAAGCACCGGCGGUAAUUCUCAGCCACAACGACCUAGCGAUCGUCUUUUCCAGGGAUUUCACCGGGAAGCUCCGAUAGAACCUAACGGAAUGGCUCAUAGUCCAGCAGGCGAAGGAAACAGCGGUAAUAGCGGAGCAGGGGGUGCGCCCGGUAACGGGAGUGGGAAUAAACCGAUAACCCUCGGAGAGCACGUUGAUCAUAUUGUUUCUAAGGACUAUGGUCCUCCACAUUCCUCGUAUAGAUCGUACAGCGGAUAUCCAAUCUCGGAAGAUCAAUGGAAAAGACGGAAAGCCAGUGAGCCCGAUUCCAUGAAGGCUGGGGACGAACGGCAGAUAAUACGAGUCACGCAACACCAGUCGCAACAGCAACAACAACAACAACAACAGCAACAGCAGCAGCAGCAGCAGCAGCAGCAGCAACAACAACAGCAGCAACACCAGCAACACCAGCACCAACACCAACAGGCAGCCUCGUCGGUAGGAAAGCAACAGUUCCACUCGGUCGAACCCGUCUCGCCUCCGGAUGCGGGUACCAAUCAUUACGGGCGUCGUCUGUACGAAACAACCACUGCCACAUCGACUUCCGGAACCCCUUCCAACAAGCCACACCUCUCGCCCCUGGAUUACGUGAAGAACAAGAUCGUCGAGGUGAUGCGUACGUCCGAGGACGACAAGGGUGGCGGCGCGGUAGACAGGAACGGUGGGAACGUCAGUAUCGGCGAGAAGGACGAUAAGAUCGGCGGCAACGUUGAUAGUCCGUCGAGUGGAGAAAUGAUGGUCGACGAAACGCCGAAUCAAAACCCCGCGCCACCCGCUCCGGCGCCUACGACCACCUUCUACCCGUUCAGCGCGCUAGGGGUGCACACUGGCCCACCACCAGCCCCACCCCCGCCGACUUCCGGUUCUACUUCGAUAACCAAGUCCGAGCAGGUCAAAGCCGAGCCGGCACCGUUGCUUUCCGCGCAGUACGAGCCGCUCUCUGACGAGGAUUGAUAGUCCAAUGACCUGGCGCCGUGUAGCGGUCGGCACGCUGUGAACAAUGUUCUUAGGCUAUUCACGCGAUUCGUUUAAGCUUGACGAGAGCCUUCACCGGACGACAAUUACAAGAUACAUACAUAUAUCGAACGUUUCACGAUUAUCAAUGUUCUAUUUUCUUUUAUUGUUUUCUCUAACGGGCUUCUCACGCCACUGCGUUCUAACUGGUCGUGUCCGAUAAUUUUCCUCGAGGAUAAUCUAAAUGCCAGAUGGUCUCCUCUCGACGUAGUUUCGUUUCAUUCGUUCAACUUCGCUUCAAUUUCUUUUUCUCUUUUUAUAGGACGAAGUUUGUCACAUCCCAAAACGGAGAUUAAUAGUACGAUGUUUUUCUAAAUAGAGUUUAUUAUUUUAUAAAUCGCAUAUUCCGUCAGUUUUAGUUUCGAGAAUAUCGUGCCCCGUUAUUCUCGCUUCUCUCUGUGUACAUGUGAACGUGAUCAGCCUCCCACCACGGAAGCAUUAUUAUUAAUAUUAUUAUUAUUUUUUAAAGUUCAUCGUACGCACGAUACACACCAAGCGUAAUUUUAAUUGUUAAUUGAUAUUUUUUUACGCAUUACUUACCCUCCGCUCUAACAUGUACGUAAAUGUUGUGUAAUUAUCAGCUAGAUUAAAAUAUAUGUAAUUAUUUCCGUUCUCACCAUCACGUUUUUUUUCCGUUUUUUAAGGAAACGCUUUUUUUUAGAUAGCAUUCACUUGUAAUUUAUCCACGUUGAUGAGCAGGCACGAGGAAUUUUUAACUGUAAAACGACACGACACCGUUUAAUUGUACAGACGUUGUGUGUAAAAUGAAAUUAAUAUUCUGUAAAAAGUUGAAAAAGUGUCGUGAUAGUUAAAUUCUUUUUUAAAUGUAACUCGAAAUAAGAUAAUGAAGAAACUUUUAUGAGAAGCAACAGAUUGUUUUUAGUAUUCUUUUUUAAACGUGUUUGAAUACUCCUGAAAAGGGUGAAUCUUUUUAGACGAUGGGUUUCCGUAUAUAUCUAGAAAUGAAAUGUUUGCAUCGUGCAGAAUACGUGCGAUCGUUGUCGAAGCAAAAUUAGAGGAAAUAGAGAAAAAGCAUUAUCGAAGGUAAUCGACCCGUGGAACGUUCAGGCUAGCCCAAGUUCACAAUGGAGACGCCUUUUUGUACAUAAUGAAUGAUAUAUAAUCGUUAAACGAUGAUACAACGCUAAAUAAAAAAAAGGUAUACAAGUUUUUAUUUGGAAUGAGUCUGUGAUGUGAGUCUGGGACUUAAAGAAAAACGAAAAACGAAAAAAAGAUAGCUUCAUCUUUGGAUUAACGUAUACCAGUGCGACAAGAGUACACUAGCCUGGAGUAUAUGGAUUAAAUAUGUGACGGCGGUCGUGCAAAAAUUGCACGCACGGACAAACACACACACAUACACACACACGGGGACAAAGAGGAAUGCACUAUCUUAACUCGAGAUCACGUUUAAAUGUUUUCUCCUUGGUGAAGUGGGUUUUAAACAAAACAACAAAAAAAAGUGUAAUUCUAAGUGUUGUACAUAGUACACAAUAUUAAUUUCUAAGUUGAACAAGUAGGUGUAUGAUGGCUAGUUUAAUCGUAUGCUAUAUUGUAAGAAUUAUAGAUUUUAGCAUAAGUGACGUAGGUAGCAUUUAGGGAUUAGACGCCAUGAGACUAGGGAAAAGAUACUUCCCGGACUACGUUCUCUUAUUAACGAAGAAGACAAAGGAGGAGAGAAAAAAAACGUGUGCAGGUGAUUAAACCGAUCAACGGCAAAUGAAAACGAAUGGAUGCGAAUUAUCUUUUAUUUCGAAAUUCUAUUAUAGAAAACACGGAAUGUACGCUCUGACUAUCAAACAAAAGGGAAAUACAUAAUUGCAGUUAAAUGAUGACGCAUGUUGCGGUACGAUUUACAUUGUCACCUAUUCGUAGCGCGCAUACACGCACGGGAUACACGUAACGUAAUAUACAUCGGUUGAAUAUGCGUGUACGCAUUACAACUUUUUAUAUAGCCUAAAUCAUUUUAUAUUUGUACGUGAACGCUGUUCUCAUUUAGUCACGCGCGACAGUCUGAUACAAGCCCUUAGUUCCCCCCUUGACGUAACAGCUUUUUUCGUCACAGCGUUCCGCUGCACCGUGAUGUGAUCUGACGAGUUCGUUGAACUAUAGAAAUAGCUGGAGUGUGAACAACUGUAAAAGUCCGUAAGAAUAGAAUGUUCCAAGAAACGAGAUCGCCUACGGGAUAUCCUCUUUUUCAUACUAUCUGUUUCUAUUCGUAUUAUCUUCUAAUUUUGCCUACAGUGGAACCAAUUGAUAAAAUUGUUAACCACUCGAAAAUAUUAUCCGUACGCAAUCAUGUUCUGACAGAUGAUUUCAGAAGGACUCAAAAACAUGGAUUAUAUAACUUGAAACCAUUGCUAAUGCAAUUUUUGUUGUCGACGCGUACCCAGCCACCUCUGUUCAUAUUCCAGUUGUCUUAUAUAGCUCAAUGGAUGAGUUUAUUUCUACCAAAACGUGUUGCUAACAAAUAAUAUAUAUGUACAUAUAUACAUAUAUGCAUAUACACAAAAUAUGUUACAGUGAAAGCGGAUGUGGUGCAGUGAAUGCGGUCUAUUAAAUAGUGAACGUACACCUUCGCGAUUGUAAGCUCUUGCUGCUCGUCGUUAGUGAAUGUUCUAAUAAAAUAUGAAAUAUAAUAAUAAAAUACUAGUACGAAGUACAGUGAACAUCUAACCCGAACCAAUAGCGAUCGAUAGGAUAGAUACCGCGUCCGCAAUCGAGUCGAGUCUUCUCUUAAAAAUAAUCGAUUAAAUGAUUAAUAAGCUUUAUUUCUUAUCACGUUCAACUGCCUUACCGAAGAUGUAUACAUUUACUAGUAAGUAAUCUACAAAAGUAUAUUCACCGCACCGUCUGCUUUUACUGUAAACGCAAUGCAUGCAUUCACAUGUUCACAUACCAUGUAUACACAUGUAUGCAGAUUGUUUACAUAUGCAUAUACGUACUCGUGUUCUUUAGAUUUCAUUGCGCACUUUUGUAUAACUUUCAUAUACUAUUAAUUUCAAACUAAAGCGACUUUGUUACUUCUCUGUCAGAUUUAUCGAGUCGAAAGUAAAGAUAAACGUUCAGCACAUUCCUUUUCGUUUUCAUGUAUGUCAAUGCGGCAGAUGCGUACAUGGAUAAUUAUAUACUUGAAAUUUAAUUGCAAAAUUCUCUAACGACUGAUGUAAUUAUCUGGCAUAAGAAGAAAGAAGGGGAAACGUGUAAGCGCGUGAGCAUUCAAAUCACACGUUGUCGAUAAAACAGAAUUCGAUUGCAAUGUGUACGUGUAUAAGUGUGUACGUACGUAUGUAUGUAUGUAUGUAUGUGUAGCGUGUGCGCAGGAUAUGUCCGAAAGUGUCUUGAAACGUAUGUUACAGAAGAAAUAAGAUGCAGAAUCUCCUUGACACAAUGACAAGUCGAUAAAGAAUAAUGAGUUUACAAUUGGGAGAAGAAUUUUGUCUAUUGACUUUUACUUAUACGUUUCUUUUUAGCGGUUUUUAUCGAGGAGAAGGACAAAGAGUGAGAGAAGGCUUCGCACCUCUUUAACUCUUCAGGAUUGCUCGUUCACUUUGUUCGUAAGUUGGCGUGUUAAUCGCCUAAAAAUGUUCGGGAAUCUAAUGAUCGGAACGGGUCGGGUUCUUAGAAGUUUCGGUACUUCCGAGUAUGACGAGAUUCCCGAAAAUGUUUGUCAUUCUCGAAAACGUUCGGGAUUCUCGAGAAUGUUCCUAAGAAUGUUUGAUAUUCCUAAAACUUUCAAGGAUUCGAUUACUGUUACAUAACAGCGAAAAUGCAUUUUUCUUUCUUCAAGAAUUAUAGGACAUUCUUACUAAAUAUUAUUUCUUAAAUUGAUACCCUAUUAGUUUCAUUUUGCGUCGCCUACUAAUAGCAGUCAUCAGUUCUCGAUGACCGUUUGAAGAACCAGAACCGAUAUCAUAACUAUUUUCAACUUGAACAUUCUUAGAUACCCCGAACACUUUCGAAAGUCUCGACAUAAUCGAGAAACCUGGAGAUAUUCGAAAAAACUGAAAUUUUCGAGAACCCGGUUUCUCGUAUGUGUUUGAAACGAAGAAAGGAAGAGCUUGGUAAAUAGAGAUCUCGUGUCGUGUAAAUAAUGAAACGAACACUUGGCUCAUCGGUGUUUAGAAACUUUCAAUGUUUUCUCAACGUGCAACAUCUCCACGCCGCGAUUUUUACAUAUUUUUAACGUAAAACGUGUAAGAAGUGCAUCCACUAAAUAAGCCCCGUUAUUCCUUCACGCUGUCGUCUUAACUAGCAUGACUGCGUCGCUCGAGCAAUUAUAUUCAGUUAGCAAUCAUUACGUAGAGUCAGAUUAUAGUUGCCAUUAUUAAUCAUUUAGUGCAACACGCGUACCACGUGCUACUAUUGCCACGGUAACUUCAGUGUUCGUUCGUGAAGUCUAUGGAUAUUGAACACGAUUAGAAGCGAAUUCUUUCACCAGCCUUUUCUAAGAAUAGGAUACAUCGCAUAAAAUGUAAUUGAUAUACAAGUGUAUUGUGAGAAGAACAAACUACUCUAGUAUUAUCGCGAUAAUAUCUAAUUCCAGUGCAAGAAGCAUAGUCCUAACUAAAUUAUCAUAGAGAAUCUAUUACAAGAAGAAUAUCAGACUCGCAGUUCUAAUUAAAGAGAACUAAAAGGAAUGUCUGAUCACUUUGAAAUCCAUAUUGAUUAAACAUUUUUUAAUAUUGUGGAAUGAGUACCAGCUUUAAGAUUUUUCUUUUUUGUACAUACAAAAAUUACUCAAACUUAUUGAUAAUCAGAAAUUGAUUUUACGUGAUGAUCGAGGGCAGAAAAAGAAAACGUAAGGCAUUUUUAAAUCUUUGAUUUACAAUCGACGAAUCGUGUUGUCGGAAAAAUUCCAAGCUUAAAUCGUACAAAAUUUGUGGAAUUACAAUCCUUCACAAUAAGUACUCGUAUCUAAAAUAUCGGAUCGAGUAUUAAAAGUAAAGAGAAGAAGCGUCAUCUGUAAUUUUUCAACUUUACUCGUCUCGCAGUUUUUGAGCUAAAACUUAUAAAAGUUCCAUAAGGACACCGUGAUUACGCGUGGAUACUCUCAAUUGAACGAAUUAUCGAAUUCGAAUUCGAUUGUCGUACAUGAAUAUUAUUAGUCGUCAGACGAAGAGACUACAUGUAUACAUACUAGGAAGUGAAUAGAACGGAGUUAUAACAUCGAGAUUACCUCUUUCGAAGUACAUCCCAGUAUCGCGAGAUACGACAGUCAAAAUGAUGCUAUACAUAAAAUAAAUCUUAUGCAGAAGCACAUACCCAACUCGAAGAUACGAAUAUUAACCGUUGAUACGAUCAUUGACAGGCGUAAAUAGCGUCUAGACUAUUUCUAUAAAGUAGAAUCGGCGCGAAGAUAUCUAUCGAUAAGACGUCGUGUGUAUGUAAGUAUAUAAUUACUUGUUUGUAAUUGUCGAGAGAAAUGAUCGAUAUUUAACGUUCUUUCGCGUAAGGAGUCUUGUACAUAGUUAAAGAAGGAAAGGAAACGCCGAGGUACUCAGCUCCCUCCUAAAAAUAUUGUACUAUAAUGACAUUAACAUUAACGAUAAUGAUAAUGAUAAUGAUAACAAUGAUGAUGCAUACCACACUGUCGCAUGAAACGCGAGAGGCUAAUUAAGAUAAACGAAACGGGGAUUCAAAGAGUGGAGAAAAAAGAGUAAAAAACGGAAAUAAUAAUAAUAAUGAUAAUGAUUAAAUUUAACAAAGGUGGCUAAGAAACGAUAUUACCUACGAACCCGCUAUUAAUGCGAUUAAUUCAAGAUAAAGAUUAACUACAAUUAAUAGCGAGCGAGAGCAUUAACACGCCUACAGUAAACUACAGGUGUAGCGUACACGAUAAUAUUAUUAUCAAGACAGUUCAAUGUAAAUUGUUAUUUUUGUUGAAAUAAAAAUCACCUCCGUUAUAAUAACGAGCA